CAAACAUCGCCUGAUCCAAAAUGCUAAAAGUUUGACGAUGUAGUCCAAACUCGGUUUCAAAAUAUUAAAACAUUCUUCCAUGACAUUUUAUGCAAUUUGUUGUCUACGUCUGGUGAGAUACGUCCUUUUCAGUAGCUUAACGUGACUUGGGUCCUUUAAGACAAAAGUUAACAGCAACAGGUCUGGCAGGUGUAUUGGAAGUGUCGGAAGUAAAUGAAGCGCGAGCUGCUUUACCUGGGCCAGGUGAGAGCAGUCAAAAAGUUUCACACACUGAGGCGUCUCCAACUCUGGCAAACAGCCCGUUCUCGGUAAAAUGAACAAUCCAAUACCAUCAAACUUGAAGUCUGAGGCGAAGAAGGCUGCUAAAAUCCUCAGGGAAUUCACAGAGAUUUCAAACAGACAAGGUCCUGACAAGCUUAUUCCAGCGCAUGUGAUUGCCAAAGCCCAGGGACUGGCCAUCUUGUCCGUCAUAAAGGCUGGGUUCAUGGUCACUGCUCGGGGGGGCAGUGGGAUAGUGAUUGCCCGUCUUGCAGAUGGAAGAUGGUCUGCUCCCACAGCCAUCGGUAUUGCUGGUCUUGGUGGGGGUUUUGAAAUUGGUCUGGAGGCAUCAGAUUUCGUUAUCAUCUUGAAUCAGCGCAGAGCUGUGGAAGCCUUCAGCAAAGGGGGAAAUCUCACGUUUGGAGGAAAUUGCACUGUGGCCGUUGGGCCUCUUGGCAGGAAUUUGGAGGCUGAUGUGGCGUUGCGCAGUACAGCGGCUGUCUACUCUUACUGCAAGUCCCGUGGCCUCUAUGCCGGAGUGUCACUUGUUGGCUCCUACCUCAUCGAACGCAAAGAAACCAACAGAAAGUUCUAUUCCCAGGACAUUCGUGCGUCUUCCAUUCUCAAUGGAGAUGUGGAACCUCCCCCUGAAGCCCAUGACCUUUAUGCCAUUUUGGAGGACUAUACAGAGAAGUACACCAGCGAGUGGCAGAGCAAACAUCUACGGUCAUCCAGCAGGAUGAGUGCAGCCCCUAGAAGACCAAAGCCCCCAAUGCAGAAGGCUGCUUCCUCCUUCACUCCAAGGGCAGAGGCUUAUUUUACAGAAACAAAACCAGCACUGUAUCCCAGCCUCUCAAGCUGGCCAUCUGAAAGAUCAGGCCAAGCGUCUGGUGGAGCUCUGGUGGUCACAGCCAUGCACCCCUUCACUGGCCAGCAGCCAGGGGACCUGAGCUUUGCGGCUGGAGACCGCAUCACCGUCCUCACCAAGACAGACUCACAGUAUGAUUGGUGGGAGGGAGAGCUGAGGGGGCAGGUGGGCAUUUUCCCUGCCAACUUUGUGUCCUACUGAGAGCGCUAAUUCAAAAGCACUUACACACAUCUUGAGGGUUUAUGGUUCAGACUCCAAAGGGAAGGGGUUUUUUUCCCCCAUUUUUCUACAACAAGCUGGCGCUGGUGUACGCUCAAAGGUCAACUUUUAAUGAACGAGGUUUUCAGUGUUAACCUAGUGGUAGAAGUAUAUUAUUUCCUUUUUUGAAGGUUCCUAUUGAAGUCUUUAUUAUUACUUAUUAUCUGACUAAUAUAAGCAUAUGAUCUUUUGACAAGUGUAUUUUAAGGUUGGUUUAGAGUUUGAUUAUGAGUUUGGUUCUGUGUUUGUUCAUGUUGCACACUGGUGUUUGGUCACAGUUUUGUACAUUUUUUUUGAAACUGUUUUUGUUCUUACUGAUUUGCAAGCUUUAAUUCAAUCAUAGAUUUAGGAAUCAUGGUGAAAGGGGCAGACAAUAAACAAAGAAACUUGAUAACUGCAAAUGAUGGAAAAAAAUGCAGCGAUAAAGUGAACAGAUUUUUUUUUAUGUAAGUAGAGCGACAGUAGCUGAUUCUGAAAGCACUUCAUUCAUCGUUUAGUAUAUUCAUCGAUUAUGUAGUCUUGUCAUUGUUGACUUUUCUUGCCUAGUGUACCGUUAAAGUGAGAUAUAUGACAAGACUGGAUUUGCUGAGUUUUCAUGCUGGGUGCGAGUUUUGCUGAGGAUGCAUCAAGUGAUUGUUCCACUACCAGUAUCAUCUUCUAGCUUCAUGCACCUGUUAGUUUGAAUGUACUUUAAUGAAAAUAUGACAUCAUUUUAUCACAUCAAGUUGCAUUAAUUCUUUCUCUUUACUGGCAGAGAUGUUGAGCAGCACAUGAAAAAACAAGCAUAAUACACAACUUUCAGAUAAGUCUCAGCAUCUAAUGUGCCCCAUUCCUCCGGUUUUGCUGUGCUUUUUAAUACUUAUUGUAGAAAAUGAGAAACAUUACACUGGGUGUUAUUAAAUUGUUAAUCAAAUGGAAAAUAAUAUAUUUAUCAUGUUGAGUGAUUCUAAUAAAUAUUAUUGAAUGACACGUGAAUCAUUUAUGAAGUUUCAUCACUUGCAAUGUUUGUAAAGUGCUUGCUUCACCUUUAAUCACACCCCCUCCCAAACCUCUCCAUAAAUCUUUGAAAAUCAAGCUUUGGCCAUUCAUCCAGUAGUAGAACUGUUAACAUUACUUUCCCACAAGAGGGCAGACAAAGCACAGUCCCAAUACAGAUGGUGGAGGACCAAGUCAGCAAUGCUUCACUUGCAGUCCAAAUGAUCAAAACACUGCAAAGCUUCAUGCUUUCUCUUUUUUAAAAGCUUUGUUCGACUCAUGAAUGGCUAACUAAAGAUGUUCCUGUGGGCAUAUAUUAUUGUUUGAUUUUCAAUGUUUUCUGUGCCAAAAUGUCUUGAUUUUUCAGAGCCAAGUAUUAGAUAUGUCGUUGUCCAAAAAAGUGAUCAUAUAAAACAGUGCUGCUGAGCUGUAAAUAAUGACAAUCUAUAGAAUUUGUUUUUCAGAAAAAGUCAUUUGAGCAUUGAUGAGUCCAUAGCAUAACCCUAGCAUAGUUGCUAGAGCAAGGAAACCACUAGAUUAAUGCUGUGCUUUCACAGUCAGUUUCUCCUACAAAUCAGCACACAGGCCCUGAAUGUUUUAAAACUUAUUUCAAAACCGAGAAAGCACAUCAUUAAAUUAAAUUAUUCUUCAAGAUGUUACACAGCAAGUUAACAGGUAAGUGAACACAGCCAAUGAUCAUUCUCACCAUAAAAGCUCUUAUUCUUCAGUUUGGUAGGCAGGGACCUUAAAGGAAUGGUUUGGUGAGAAAUCCAAUUUACACCAUUUUCCCCUUACCCAGUUGUACUCAUUCGGCUGAGACAUCUUUGAAGUCCAAAUUUUGCUUCUUUAGUUUAGAACUGGAGCAGCAUGGCUCAAUUUGCUAACAAACACUAGAACUCAAUAGUCAUCCAAACAGCCCAAAUAAGCUCUGUAAAAAUAAAUCACAAACUUUAAACUGCUAAAACUACAUCCUGGCCUUUAUUAAGAUUGUGCAGACUUGUAGAUAUUGUUCAGGAGACAGUGUGACUUACUUUGAGUUAUAAAAAAUCAUCAAAACUUUAGACUUAAUAAAAUAUUCCUUUUAUUAAUUCCUUUGAUAUGUCAGUUCACUUGGAUGCUUACGAUUAGACUAAUUGAAGGGAAAGAGGUUCCAGAAUUUUCCCACUGCAUUUCCAUUUUAUUUGGUGCACCGGCCUUCUAUCUAUAAUCACUGCCCAUUUUAUCAGGUAUACUUGUUACUGCACAGUUUAUCAACCCCCUUCUACCUCGUCCAUCGUGGAACAAGACCAUCGUCUGGCUUCAAAAUGCAAAAUGUCCUAUCAAACCAAACUGGCUGCAGUGCUUCAUUAAGUUUUUUGAGUAGACUACAAUAUCAUGACUAUCAAACCUCCUGGAUGUCUCCAACCCAAAUCUUUCACACCUUAUUCAUCUGAUCAACAACUUAUGAAUGUAGUAAUUGCCUGGAUUACGGUUGGAGCCAAACUCUGCAGGAAGGUAGAUCUCCUGGAGCAGGGUUCGUGACCACUGCCAUAGAACAUUAGGCAAAGAGCCCCAACUCAGUCCUGGAGCUCUAACGUUCUGCAGACCUUGAGUUGCAAGCCAAAUGCACUUGAUUCAGUUAAUCAAAGUCUUGCAUCAGGAUAUUAAGCCCUGUUGUAGUCAAGGGGCGAAAUACAGGGGGUCAUGGGGGUCUGGGACUCCCUAUUUAACCCCUUGGACCCCUUGGAUGUGUCAGUCA